CGCCUUGUAUUUUUCCUUCGGCGAUGGCUUCUCAAAGCAGACUUGUCCAUACUCCAUACCCUCCUCUUCCUUCUCCAAGCUCUCCCUCUCUCUCUCUUCAUCCAAGCAAUCAAAGACAGAAGACGAAGAGGAAGAAGAGGAAAUCCUCUGUUCUCGUAAUGCGGAGGGUGGAAUCAGCCUAAUAACCGCCGCAACCAAGCUCCCGUUUCUCUCAUGGCUAUGGCCAUGGCCUGCUUUGUGCUAAGACCCACAUGCAUAUUCGCUGGUUCGAGCCCGAGACCAUCGUUGGGCUUCGCUAAGAGUAACAAGAAACAUGGAAGUCCUUCCCUCUCAGCUUCCUGCACAGCUCCCGGUCCCCCCAAUUCUACCGGAAACUUCUGGGUUUUCCUCGAAGCCAUCGGGGGCUUACUAUUCCCAACCAAUGGGACCGCUGAGGGUUUCGGCAGCGGGAAAUGCUUGCAGAACGGUGGGAUCGGAGUCGCUCUGCUGAGCCUGACGGCCACAGCUAAGGUGAAGAUCAGCCCCGCCGUCGCGACGCUGGCGGUCAACCCGACAUUCGUGUCGGGGCUGCUGGCGUGGUUCACGGCGCAGUCGGCGAAAGUGGUACUGAGCUUCUGCUUGGACAAGAAGUGGGAUCUGAGGAUUCUGUUCGGGUGCGGAGGGAUGCCCUCGUCUCACUCGGCUCUCUGCACUGCUCUGACGACCUCGGUGGGGCUUUGCCAUGGGAUAGCCGAUUCCCUGUUCGCGGUUUGCUUGGGCUUCAGUCUGAUUGUCAUGUACGAUGCGAUCGGAGUGCGGCGACACGCAGGCCUCCAAGCUCAGGUCCUGAAUGUGAUAGUAGAGGAUUUGUUUGAAGGGCAUCCUAUCAGCAGAAGAAAGCUCAAGGAACUCCUAGGCCACACGCCGUCUCAGGUCCUUGCCGGAGCUUUGCUCGGCAUUGUGGUUGCCUGUUUCUGUCACCAGACUUGCUUCACUCCACCGUGAUUGCUCUCGCUCCCCCAUUCUCUCCUCGAUUACGUUCUUUGUCAUCUAGAAGUUUCAGAUGUCAAGUGAUUAUAUCUGAAACCUCGAAUUGGGUAGGAAAUUUUGGAUAGCCAAUUACGGGGUGAGAAGACCGAUUGAUGUAAAAUGACUUGGUAUAACUAUAAAUGGUGGUUAUAUCUACCUUGAGUAGUAAUGCCCUGUGUGAUCUCCUCCAAAUGCUCGGCGAGCUAGACCUAUCGAGUACAAAAGUACGGAUACAUCGGUAAUACCUAAUGACUUUUAUCUAAACUAGGUGCAGACGUGCUUUGCGUGGGUGUAUAAGAGAAUUAAUUGAAGUGUAAUUUGUUUUAUAUUUAUUAAGAAGCUUUUGAUUUA